AUGUCUCGAAUGAGUAUGGCGCCGCAGCGCAACCUAUCGCUGACGGAAGAGCUGGAGAAGCUAGAGCAGUCAAUCACCCUCACACUGCAAGAAAUCGAUCAGAACUUCAGCCGAGCACAUCGAAUUGUCACAACCGGUAUCCUGCCAAUAGUCGAACAAUACGGAAAGCAUUCUGAGGCGGUCUGGGAAGGUUCCAAGUUCUGGAAACAGUUCUUCGAGGCCAGCGCAAAUGUGUCACUCUCGGGUUACGAGGCCCCUGAGCAGGACGAAUCAGCUGUGCAGGAGGACACCGAACAGUCACAUACAUAUGACGAUGAGACAGUGGAGAACGAGGAUACGGUAGCUGGGACGACCACGACACCACCACGGCCCUUGUCUGCACAAGAAGACGCUGAAUCAACUAUGGCUUUCGACUCGCCCUCGCUCGGACACAGUACACCACGAGCUCCGCCUUCAAUAACGAAAGGGAGGAACAUCGAAGAGGAAGGAGAGAGUGAAUAUGAGGAAGAGCCUCAGUUCGCUGGCAUGUCUUCGCCUUAUGAGGCACUGAAGUCCGAAUUCAGACCCAACAUCGGUGGUACGAAGACCCCAAAGCUCGAGCCAGUCACACCUGGCAAAUCGCAAGCCCUCCCAGACAUGAGCGGCUUUGAAUCUUCGCCGUUCAUGCAGCCUACAGCCACGAAACAGUCACAUGUCAAUCAUGACCCACUGCUCCACCGCGUCCUCGAUAAGACAUACCGUGUACAAGCUACGCCGCUCAUCAGCCCGAGAAAGUACAAGCCCACGGGUGCUUUUACCCCUCGCACCGGCCAGCGCGGUGCACCUACACCACGAAGUGCAGCUACGAAAUUGUUAGAUUUCGACUCUUCACCACCCUCGUCACCAGCACCACAGCUACGCGCCGACAUCUUCUCGCCUAUGAAGACGCCACGGACACCAGGUGUAAGCGUGCAGACGCCUGCAAAGGGCAAGCAGCCUAUGAGCAUUCAUCGGACUGGCGGUACUAUAUUCGAUGACAGCGACGAAGAAGAGGAUGACCUUGACUUUAGCCCUCCGAAGACGAUACAGUUCCAUAUCCCACAGAGCAAGCUGAUGCAGACGCCUGCUCGAGAAGCUAGCAAGCGCAUCGUGGAUGACUUGCUCAUGACAGCCGGCCACGACGUUACGGAUUCGACGGGUGGUAUGGACGAGGACAGCCCUAGUGUGGUGAGACGGCAGGUGGAUCUUGACGAUAGCUUUUAG